GUGCAGCGCACCGAACAGCUGUUUUGCUCGUUUUUUUUAUUAGAGUAUAUUUUGUUUUUCUUUUUAAUCGCAGAAACAUUGCAAAACACAUUUAAAUUAUUUAAAUAAUAAGAUAAACUGACAGACACAUACUAUGACACUAUUCGUACUGAUAGCCAUAAUGAGCCUACUCAACACCUUCCUGCCAGACUUCAUAAGAAACUACCUCAAAGUGUCACGCUUCUGGCGGUUAAGGAACGAGGAGACAGAGAUUCUACAAACGGAGCUGGAUGCAGCCCGGGAGGAGGUGGAAAAUGUACGUAAUGCCGAACAUGCCGGCGAAUAUGCCAAGACCAUCAAAAUUAUGCGUGCCGAACGCAAAGUCAACGAAAUUGAACUAAAAAUAAAAACGGCCCAACAAUUGGAAACCUUAAAAAAAUCCACAAUUGAUACUAUUAGCUACUAUGUGUCUAAGCUAGUGAUGACACUGAUACUCAUUAUUAUAUCCGUCCGCAAUCGCACCUCGCCCGUCAUGAUAUUGGACAAGCAGAUUAAUCUGUGGCCAUUGGAGGAUCUAUUGAGUUUUCCAACUGGCAUAGACCAUGCCGUUUCGGUGCCUAUUUGGGCAUUUUCAUGUAAUUUUACAUUUCGUAUUAUACGCGGAUUGAUCAAGGAUUUGAGAGCGUGAAAUUGAUAAAACGAAAGUAAUUGCAUUUAAAUGUUAAAUGGUUAAAACACAAACACCCCAAACACAGGACAUUAACCGCUUCACGCUAUAAUUUAGUAUAAUAAAAAAACAUACAUACCUUGUCUUAUUUUUUGUUAUGCUAAUUCUGCUAAGCCUCAUUUUCGAGUAUAAAAUUACGAUUUUUCACAAAAAUCGAAAAAAUUUUGUUGUA